UGAGCUCAUCGCCUCAUCGAUCACAGCCAUUUGCUUUCCAGCGAGAGAGUGAGAAACAUCAAGCUCCAGGUAGUGAGUGAGAGGGAACCUAGACUUGUGAUUUUAAGUGAGAAGGAAGCUAACGUUAGCCAGCCAGAGAGAGAGAGAGAGAGAGAGAGAGAGAGAGGAUGGGCAUGGGGUGGAAAGUUCUGAACGAUGUGAAGCCAUACCUGGCGAUGGUGCUGCUGCAGGUGGGGUUCGCCGGCAUGUACAUCAUCGCCGUGGCGUCCCUCAAGGCCGGGAUGAGCCACUUCGUCCUCGUCGUCUACCGUAAUCUGGUCGCCACCGCCGUCAUGACGCCCUUCGCCCUCUACUUCGAGAGGGGACUGAGGCCAAAGAUGACAAUCACCAUCUUCAUCAAGGUCAUGGGGCUCGCAUUCCUCGAGCCCGUCAUGGACCAGAACCUGUACUUCAUGGGCGCGAAGCUGACCUCGGCGGGAUUCGCGACGGCGCUCGUCAACAUCCUCCCGGCCGUCACAUUCGUGCUGGCCCUCAUCCUGCGCAUGGAGAAGGUGCGGCUGCGGAGUCUGCACAGUCAAGCCAAGAUCGCCGGCACGGUCCUCACGGUGGCCGGCGCCGUGCUGAUGGUCCUGUACCACGGCCCCAUCGUGCAGUUCCCGUGGACCAAGGGCCAGCACCACGCCAUCGCCAGUGGCCAGGGCGCCGGCGGCGCGGCCGCCGCGCGGGACUGGCUGAACGGGACUAUCAUGGUCAUCAUCGCCUGCGUGGCCUGGGCGUGCUUCUUCAUCCUCCAGUCCAACACCCUCCGGAGCUACCCGGCGGAGCUGUCGCUCACCGUGCUCAUCUGCGGCAUGGGAUCCCUCAUGAGCGGCGCCAUUGCCCUCGUCGCCGAGCGCGCUAACACUCAGGCGUGGGUCAUCGGCUUCGACACCCGCCUCUUCACUGCCGUCUACGCCGGCAUAGUGUGCUCCGGUGUGGCUUACUACGUGCAGGGCAUCGUGUCGAGGCAAAGGGGUCCUGUGUUCGUGACGGCCUUCAACCCACUCUGCAUGAUCGUAACCGCCGUCAUGGGCUCCAUCAUUCUCAAGGAGGAGAUCAAUCUCGGAAGUGUGAUUGGUGCAGCCAUCAUCGUGGGAGGCCUCUACUUUCUCAUCUGGGGCAAGAGCAAGGACGAGAUCAACAAAGUCUCCGACGUCAGCGUCAAGGGCGCCGGCGAGCUGCCCUUAACCUCGGUGACCAACGAUCACGGCCACGGCAAGCAGCACGAGCUCGGCAACAGCAAUGGAAGCCAUGUCUUGGACGUCGAGACGCCUACGACCAAUGGCCACUACUAGAUCGACCGAAGUAGCGAGUAGCUACGUGCUAUACGUUCACCCAUCUUCCAUCGACCAGUAUGUCUAGCUUUUUUCCUGGUAGUGCAUGGUCCAUCGAUCGAUCGUGCAUAAGGACCAAUUUUGUUCUCCAUUUUCUUCUUGUCAGCUUCUCUCUAGCGACGAUCCUAUCAUGUGACUAUGUGAGACAAUGAGAGAGUGAGCAAGUGCUAAUUUUAUAACAUCCCUUUUGCCGAUC